AUGGAAGGCUCACAAGCCCGGGAUACUAGACAACGUACGGGCACGACCUUCUCCGUCCCCGACGACAGCCGGCCUGCAUCACCCCAAUCCGAAGGCGGCAGCUCCUCUUCCUCUUCCUCCCGCCGCCGCCCGACCAUGGCGCGCAACCCGCCCUUCCUGCCCACGCCGCUCGAGGCGGCCGCGCUCCUGCUGUACCCGAUAAUCCUGACCUUCGGCACGCUCUUCUCGCUGCUCUCACCGCAGGUCCGCAACGCGCCCUACUUCCCCGCCAUGCAGGCGCACAGCCAGGACCCGGGCCUGUCGCCGUCGUACUUUGCGCGCAAGUCCAACGUGUUUAACGUCUACUUUGUCAAGCGCGGCUGGGCCUGGAUCUCGCUCGCCUUCUUCGUCUUCCUCUUCACGCACCCGGCCGUCCGGACCGGCCAGCAAAAGACCCGCGCCCUGGUGCGCUGGGGCCUGGUGACCACAUGGUGGGUGCUCGUCACGCAGUGGUGCUUCGGCCCCGCGCUGAUCGACCGGUCGUUCCUCUUCACGGGCGGCAGGUGCGAGCUCGCCGAGGCGAAGCUCGAGGCCGGCGCGGGCGUCACCGGCAGGGACAUCUUCACCGCUGUGGCGUGCAAGACGGCCGGCGGGAAGUGGCGCGGCGGCCACGACAUCAGCGGCCACGUCUUCCUGCUGGUCCUGGGGAGCUACUUCCUGCUGCAGGAGGUCGGCUGGGUGUAUCUGAACCACUGGAGGCGAGGGGCCGCCGGCGGUGUCGUCGAGCUGAGGGACGAGAGGAGCAUCAUCAUGCACGACGGGGCCGUUAAGAGCGCCACCGUCGAGGGCGAGCGCGACCACUCGGAGGGGGGAGACACGGCCCGUCCGCGUGGUGCCUGGGAUGCGCUCGCGCUGGGAGGGAAACUCGCGGGCGGUGUGUUUGUGCUGAGCUUGUGGAUGAUCCUCAUGACGGCCAUCUUCUUCCACACGUGGAUCGAGAAGCUUACCGGUCUUCUGGUCGCCUCUGCGGGUCUGAUGUCAGCAAUAAAGGUUCCCGCCAAUCUACCGGAGCUGGUGAGGGCCAAAUUCAACACUGCCAGGGCCAACGGCGAUGUCAACUUCUACCCAACACAGGUCGCUGUCCUGAAGCUAGGAUCAGUCCCGUUCCAACUCCGCUUCUCCCCGUCUCUGGCCAACAAGCCCAAGGGCCCUCCGCCGGCCAGCGACGGCCCAGACAAGAAGGCGAAGCCCUUCAACCCGUUCGAGGAGCCCCCGCCCACGGCCCUCAUCUCGGAGCUCACGCCGGGCCACCGCCUCGUGCUCAACAAGUUCGCCGUCGUGCCGGAGCACUUCAUCCUCGUCACCCGCGCCUUCAAGCAGCAGACCCACCUCCUGGGGGCGGACGACCUGGCCGCGGCGCACGGGUGCGUACGGGCUUACCAUGAUCACGACGGCGGGGGCGGGGGGCUCUUCGUCUUCUUCAACUCGGGCGAGCACAGCGGCGCCAGCCAGCCGCACAGGCACCUGCAGCUCCUCCCCGUCGACAAGAUGCGCGAGGGUCUGCCGGAAGCCACAGAGGACGCCGGAGAGGCGGGCUGGACGGUGCUGGCUGACCAGCUCGCUGGGGAUGGUGAAGAAAGUAACGGACGUGCGGGGCUGCCGCUCGCCACGUUCGCUGAGCGGAUAGCUGGCGACGUCGACCCCGAGGCUCUGCGGUCGGCGUACCUCAGGCUGUACCGCAGGGCGUGUGCCGCGGCGGGGCUGGACGAGAGGGAGCUGGGGGACCUCGCGGCUGACGACACGCCGGCGAGGAUAAGCUACAACCUCGGGAUGACGCGGACUUCCUUGGUGGUUUGCCCUCGCGUGGCUGAAGGGGAUGUAGUCCGGUCUAGGGACGCGAGGGAAGUCGGGCGGUUGGCGUUGAAUGGCACGGUGUUGGCGGGUACUGCGCUGGUCAAGAGCGAGGCCGAGUGGGAUGCUCUACGGGCCGACCCGGACCAAUUGCGGAAUAUCUUGGGCAAGAUUGGGUGUUCCACACGAUGA